UUUCGUUGUUUUUUGUUGCAGCUGCUGGGGGCAUUGCUGCUCCUCGCGGGGACUCCACACGUCAGCGGCACGCCCCAGACAAGAAGUAGAAAAGACCUCAACGCGCAGCUAGCUAUCGCCCAGGCCCGGGACGGUGGCGGCGGUGGUGACUUUGGCGGUGGACUCGGAGGCCCGUCCGCAUCGUACGGCGCGCCGGCCGCGCCCUCCCCCAGCUACGGCGUCCCCGAGGGGCCUUCCAGCAGCUACGGAGCACCCUCCAUCCCGUCCAGCAGCUACGGGGCGCCGUCGAUCCCGUCCAGCAGCUACGGGGCGCCGUCGAUCCCGUCCAGCAGUUACGGAACGCCGUCGAUCCCGUCCAGCAGUUACGGAACGCCGUCGAUCCCGUCCAGCAGUUACGGAACGCCGUCGAUCCCGUCCAGCAGCUACGGAACGCCGUCGAUCCCGUCCGGUAGCUACGGGGCACCCGAGACCAGCUAUGGCGCGCCCGAGUCACCCGCUCCUAGCUACGGAGCACCCGCUCCUAGUUACGGAGCACCCGCUCCUAGCUACGGAGUGCCGGCACCAAGCUACGGGCCCCCCGUCGAAGAGCACCACGAGCCCAAAGGCGAGUUCAAAAAGAAGCUUGUCUGGAAGCCCGACUGGAAGAAGGUGACUAAGAAGGUGAAGAAGAAGGUCUGGAAGACGGAGUGGAAGAAGAUUCAAGUGCCCGUCUGGAAGGAAGUGAAGGUGCCCGCCUGGAAGGAAGAGAAGGUCCCUGAGUGGAAGACCGUGGCCAAACCCGUCUGGAAGGAAAUCAAGUCCCCCGCUUGGAAGGAAGUAAAGGUACCCGACUGGAAGAUUGUCAAAACCCCGUACUGGAAAGAGACCGAGGUUCCGAUAUGGAAAGAGGUGAAGGUGCCAGCCUGGAAGAAGAUCUGGGUGCCGGUAAUGGAGAAGGUCUGGGUGGAGGAGGAGAGCCACGGCUGGGACGAGCAUGGACACGGACACAAGAAAGGCGUGUGGAAGAAGAAGCUGACGUGGAAGGCAUCCUGGAAGAAAAUCUGGAAGACGGAGAAGAAACAAGCCUGGGUCAAGGAAAAGAAGGAGCUCUGGAAGGAGGAUAAAGUGCAGAUCUGGAGAACGGAAAAGAAGCAGAUCUGGGUGAAAGAGAAGAAGAUGGAGUGGAAGACGGAGAAGAUUCAGGUGUGGAAGACGCAGAAGAAAGAGGUGUGGAUCCCAAAGAAAGUCAAGGAGUGGAAGGACGAGUGGGUGAAGGAAAAGGUACCCGCCUGGAAGGAGGAAGAGGUGGUCGAGUGGAAGAAGAUUUGGAAGCCCGAGUGGAAGAGCAUAUGGGUGCCAAAGAAGGAAGAGCAUCACGAUCACGGCGGCUACCACUACUAGGAAUGUAAUUCCAGACAAGACACGGUGGUAACCAGUGGAAGGAGGGGGCGUGGGGGGCGAGAGGCCAGGAGCCACGCUCUGUCGCGUGUGUGCAGUGUGCAGCGACAGACUGAGACACUUGUCGCCCUUCCCCCUCCCCGCCCCUCUCCGUAUCGGAGAGUCAUCCAGUACCUAAUUUAUGAAACGAGUGUGUGUGUGUGUGUGCGUCGGUGGGAGUGAGUCAGACAUAGGUAGAGCGCUUCGUCCGGGUAAAAACGGUGCUUUUACCGGGGGGGACACAAAUCCCUCCCAACUUCGCGACUUUGCAACAAGUGGUUUUCGCCAUACUGUUUUAUCCUCUCUUUGUGUGAUUUUGAUGGUUCGCCUUACUUUCUCUGUCCACUUUAAAAUGUAUCAGAUUCGAUAUGUUCGCAAAAAUAUGUUAUUUUUUUUUGGAUAUUGCCUUUUGGUCUAUUCUAUGGCUGUCAAAAUUCUGUCCGCCUUAUCAAAGGUGUAAGUACGUACACGUCCUACCUGUACGUCAUUGGCAUUAGGCCAACGCACUAGGCCAACCCGGCAUAAGAAGCCCCAAAGACACAGAGAGUGCAUUGUAGCGAUUUCGUAGAGAAAUCCAGACUGAAAAUAUAAAGACGGGAUUUUGUAGAUUUCGCGCGAUUCGGCAAAGAUUACUACAUCCCACCAAUCUGAUAUAUGUUUGUAGAAUCUUCUCAACUUGCUGUGCUUAUUGAUGUGUCAUGGAACAAAGUGUUGUUAGUAUUGUUAUGUCGUUGGUCGUUUUCUACUUUUUUCAUGGCAUCACAUUGUUGACUAUUGCUUAAGAUUUUCAUUUUUUGUAAAUAUUGGUGCAAAUAAAUGAUAAUAUCGA